UAUUAUGAUUCACUUUCAACAAAAAAAACAUCAAUAAUAAAAGAGCUGAUAUGGUUUCAGUUCCCUUUCUAGCAGCAGAUGGUGAUAUGAGCGAAACUGCCUUUCUUUUAACAAGAGCUUCAAGACUAGGAGUGGAGACUCUCACAUGCAGCAAGCAGAGAGCAAGUCGGCGUAGUGCAGCAAGCAGAGAGCAAGUCGGCGUAGUGCAGCAAGCAGAGAGCAAGUCGGCGCAGUGCAGCAAGCAGAGAGGGGUCCGGCAUAGUGCAGCAAGCAGAGAGGGGUCUGGCACAGUGCAGCAAGCAGGCAGCAAGUCCGGCACAAGCAGCAAGUCCAGCACAGUGCAGCAAGUCCAGCACAGUGCAGCAAGCAGCAAAGAGCAAGUCCGGCACAGUGCAGCAAGCAACAGAGAACAAGUCCGACACAGGCAGCAAGCAACAGAGAACAAGUCCGGCACAAGCAGCAAGCGCAGAGACAAAGUUCAGCAGUCAGCAGGAUGAACUCCAGUAGAUCUGCAGGCUGCAGCUAACAGCUUUGACAGCAGCUCCAGGAGCAGAUCUGUAACAGCUCCAACAGCAGAUUUGCAGUAGAUUUGUAGCAGCAAGAAGGGGAGAGGAAGGUUGAAGGUGAGGUGAGACUUGAGAGCUUGAUUGGCCGGCUGAAAGCAAGAGUGAGUGAGGGGCUGUGGCUGCGAUGU